AUGUCGCUGUCGCUACCAGGUCUUGGGCUAGAUGAGCCGGAAGACGUUCAAGCAGUUGAGACUGUCCAACAUGACCUGACAAAAGAAACUGAAUGGCGCUUCGAAGUCGCUGUCGGCAAAUAUAUUCACCUGAAACUGUUGACCGGCACAGCUGAAUUGUUUGGCACCGAACUUGUCGCCGGAAACACCUUUACCUUUACCGGCACCAAAGCCUCCAUCUUUACCUGGCAUGGGUGUUCCUUUGAAGUCAGUGGUGAUGCACUGCAAAGUGAAUACACCGCUGAAGAGACACCUAUGAGCGAAUAUAUCAACGCCCAUUUCGCACUCGAGUCCCUGCGUGAUCAAGCAAGAACGAAUGGUAGAGAAGGACCGAGGGUUUUGCUUCUGGGACCCGAAGACGCGGGAAAAAGCACACUUGCAAAGAUCCUCACUGGCUACGCACAAAGAUCCGCGCGGUCUCCCGUUGUGGUGAAUCUGGAUGUCAAAGAGGGGGUCAUGAGCAUUCCGGGCACAAUGACUGCGGCGGUAUUCAAAACACUGAUGGAUGUCGAGGAAGGAUGGGGAGCUGCACCCAUGAGUGGUCCCAACGGUGUCAUUCCUGUCAAAUUACCUUUGGUCUACUUCUCAGGCAGUUCCGACCCGCUUGAAAAGGAAGGGAAAGUCUACAAGGCCCAAACCAGUCGUCUUGCGUUGACCGUAGCAGGGCGAUUGGCGCAGGACCACGAGGCCAAGGAAAGCGGCCUGAUCAUCGACACCCCUGGCAGUUUGGUCAAUCCAAAGUCCACCCAUAUCGGCUACGAUAUCAUCCAGGAGAUUGUCUCUGAAUUUGUCGUGUCAGCAAUCAUAUGUCUGGGAUCAGAGAGGCUCUACAGCGAUAUGGUUAAGCGCUUUGACGGGCAACCCACAGCAUCUCGAACAAACAACAACCCCCACGAGACCAUUUCGGUGAUCAAGAUGAACAAAUCUGGUGGCUGUGUCGACCGGGACGAAGGCUAUAUGCAAGCUGUGAGAGCGGCACAGAUCAAGGCAUAUUUCUACGGCAAUCCUCGACUAAGCAAUGGUAUUUCACUACAACCUCGACAACAGCAAGUCGAAUUCACAACCUUGAAUAUCUGGCGACGCAUUUCAACCACACCAGACCCUUCAUCAAGCAGCGGCGGAGGAUCUUACAACAACGACGACGACGAUAGUUUUCUUCCCGGCGGCCUGGACGAUGCAUCACCAACCACACUACCAGGCUUAGGAUCGAAAGUUGCACUCCCUGCUUCACAGAUCUAUGAACGACUGGCCGCGCCCAUGGCUGCGAUGCGCAACUCAAUCCUUGCUGUUCUCAACUGUGAUGCAGAAGCAGAUCAAAGCACCAUCCGUGAUGCAUCUGUCAUGGGUUUUCUCUAUGUGACCGAUGUCGACGAGGGCAGAGGUCGCAUCAGUCUGCUGAGCCCUGUGGCCGGGCGAGUCCCUAACAGGGCUAUCGUUUGGGCUGGAUGGCCAGAAAGCGUGCUUGGGAUGGAUCGUCUUUGA